UAUUUCCGGAAAGGGAGAUCACUCUAAUAUUUCAUCAUCACGGAAAACGCACGCUGACAUUUUUCGAGAGAUGUCUGCUGAACUUGUUUCGGCGUUUAUGGCCAUCGGUCUAAGCGAACAGAAGGCAAAAGAAACUUUAAAAAAUGAAGCUGUUUCACAGAAUCUGAAAACUGCCAUAGAACAGGCCGAGAAGAUUGCCCCGGGUCAAAUUGACAAAGAGAAUGGGAAGUUGUUGUACAACAUCGCCACCAAACUAAAGGCUCAGAUCAAGAACCACCAACUGAUGCUUGUGGAGUACAUAGUUAAACGGGAGAUCACCACCGAGAUACAGCUCAAUGCUGCACUGGACUACUUGCUUCAUCACCCCCUCCCCCCAGUUGACAUAGAGAAAUUUGAGGAGGAGUGUGGUGUGGGCGUGGUCAUAACCCCGGACCAAGUGGAGGCAGCGGUUGAAGAAGUCAUUGGUAAAUACAGGCCGGAGCUGUUGGAGAAGAGAUACAGGUUUAACAUGGGCACUCUGAUGGGAGAGGCUCGGUCCAGACUUAAGUUUGCUGACGGUAAGAUCGUGAAAAAUGAAGUGGACAUGCAAGUUUUAGAUCUACUUGGUCCAAAAACCGAGGCCGACCUAGAAAAACCAGCCAAGAAAAAGGCCGUUAAGGAGCAGAACGACAGUGGGACAAAGCAAGGAGCCAAAAAAGAGACCCAGACCGCAGAAAGCUUUGUCAGUGAGGAUGGGGAGGUCAAGAGCUUUAUGGAGGUGAUGGGACAGGCCAUGAAGUUCCACAAAACAGGAGAGAAUUACAAGACUGACGGGUAUGUGAUCACACCCAACACAAUGGAUCUCUUGAAGAAACACCUAAAAGAGAUCGGGGGCAAGGUUCACACUCGAUUUCCUCCUGAGCCAAACGGAAUCUUACACAUAGGACACGCUAAAGCAAUCAACUUUAACUUUGGCUAUGCGAAGAAACACAAUGGUAACACGUAUCUGAGGUACGACGACACUAACCCCGAGAAAGAAGAGGAAAAGUUCUUCACUGGAAUCAGAGAAAUGGUAGAAUGGCUGGGAUACAAGCCAUUUAAGGUGACCCAUGCAUCGGAUAAUUUUGACAAGCUUUACGAGUACGCUGUAGAACUGAUAAAGCGGGGCGAUGCCUACGUCUGUCACAUGCGGUCUGAGGACCUGAAGGGCUUCGACACGCCGGACUCCCCGUGGAGGGACCGCCCCAUCGAGGAAUCUCUACAGCUGUUUGAAGAUAUGAAAAAUGGUAAGAUUGGAGAAGGGGGGGCAACUCUGAGAAUGAAAACAACACUAGAGGAGGGAAAGAAGGACCCAGUAGCUUACAGAAUCAAAUUUACCCCCCACCACCGCACGGGGGAUAAGUGGUGUAUCUAUCCGACGUAUGACUACACACAUUGUCUGUGUGAUUCCAUAGAGAACAUCACACACUCACUCUGUACAAAAGAGUUCCAGUCAAGACGAUCGUCAUACUACUGGCUGUGUAACGCUAUAGACGUCUACUGUCCAGUACAGUGGGAAUAUGGCCGCCUUAAUCUCAACUACGCCGUCGUCUCCAAGAGAAAGAUCGCUAAACUGAUCACAGAAGGUUAUGUCAGGGACUGGGACGACCCCCGUUUGUUUACACUGACUGCCCUUCGGAGAAGGGGAUUUCCCCCGGAGGCCAUCAACCUCUUCUGUGCCAAGGUGGGUGUGACCAUGGCACAGACAGUGAUAGACCCCUCCAUGCUGGAGUCCUGUGUGAGAGAUGUUCUCAAUGUCACGGCCCCAAGAGCAAUGGCUGUCCUUGACCCACUGAAAGUGACCAUCACGAAUUUCCCAGCAGACCAGCCCAACUCACUGACCGUGCCUAAUUUUCCCGCAGAUGAGAAACGAGGCUCGCACACGAUCAGCUUCAAACCUGUCAUUUAUAUUGAAAAGUCCGACUUCAGAGAAACUGCUGACAAAAAUUACAAGAGGUUCGCUGAGAAUCAACCCGUCGGCCUACGACAUGCCGGCUACAUACUCACAGUAGAUAAAGUUGUCAAGGAUAAUGGUGGAAAUGUGACAGAAAUCCUGGCUUCCUGUAAGAAGACGAGUGAGACAGAUAAACCCAAAGGAUUCAUACACUGGGUGUCAGAUCCUCAGGUCUGUGAGGUCAGGCUCUACGAAAAAUUAUUUUUUCACAAAAACCCAGAAGAUCCUGCAGAAGUCCCAGGGGGAUUUUUAACAGAUAUAAACCCUGAAUCUCUGAAGAUUAUCCCCCAAGCUUAUGUAGAUGCCACGGUUAAGAAUGCCAAGGUCUUUGACAAGUUUCAGUUUGAGAGGUUAGGCUUCUUUGCUGUCGACAAAGACUCGAGUCCCGCAAAGAUGGUGUUCAACAGAACAGUUACCUUGAAAGAAGACCCAGGAAAAAGUUAGAUAUUGAUAUCUGAGAUAUUGACAGGAAAAUACUACAAUAUAGCACUGGAGAAAGGACUAAACAUGGAAUUAUUUAUUAUCCCCCGCAAAAACGAAUUAUUUUAAUUGACUUGUUCAUUUUGGGCUCAUGUAUAAGGUUUGAGACAUAGAAUCUAGAAUAUCUGUACAAAAAUGUGAAC